UUUUUUUUUUUCUACUUAUUUCAUUCAUGUCCGAGAUAACUAUUCGAGUGGGUAUCUUAAGGGCUAAAGACCUUGCAGCAGCGUAAAGUGUAUACAUGUAUAUGUGUAUAUAUAUAUAUAUAUAAAAAAGAACGAAUUUUUUAUUUGUUCACUAAUAUGUAUAUAAAUAUUUGUAUGUAUGUAUACAGUGACAAAACUGGGUUUUCGGAUCCAUAUGUCGUUAUGAGAGUAAAUCAUAAAAAAUAUAAAACAAAAUGCAUUAAACAAACUCUCAAUCCUGUUUGGGAUGCACACUUUGACAUUCGUGUGUCUCCGAAAAAGAAGCCAACUCAUCUCACAUUUACCGUUUGGGAUAAGGAUACAUUGGGUCGAGAUUUCUUGGGAGAAGUUACGAUACCUUUUAUUAACAUCUUUGAUAGAAAUAAUCAUGGUGUUUCAGAUGGUGUACCUCGUAACUACAAUGAUCCUAAUAACUUUGAAGCUUAUUUUCAAUUAUCAAAACGAAAGGAAUCAAAUAAUGUUUCGGGAGAUCUUUGUUUGAAAUUUGGAUUUGUAGAAGAGCACAUUGGUGAUGUGAAACGUUAUCUUGAUGCUUGGACGCUCCUGAAUGCUUAAAUUUUAUGCAUAUAUGAAUAUGCUUUAUUUUUUAGAAAAUUAUUAUUAGACUUAUUGUAUACUACAAAUAAAUUAAUAAAACAAAAAAAAAAAAAAA